ACUUUGCUGUAUAUUUCAGAUUUCUUCUAACUUCUUUAUCAAAUUUAAAUUUCAAACAGCAUUCGGCUCGUUUCAUUUCUUAAACCCAGAAUUUAAAUAACUUUAAGUUUUGUAUUGGUUCUUAUUCUAUAAUUAUUGACUUUCAAACUUGUGUAUACAUUGUAAAUAUUUAAUGAUUUAGUUCAUAUUUUUAUAAUAAUUUAUUAAUUUGUUUAGCGAAAUAUUUUGAACAGUUUAAAUAGCGGAAUUUGCAUUUAUAAAAGCUUAACUAUGCCGACCUGGAAUCAAAUUCAAAGUCAAUUAAGAAACCCACAGAAUCCUGUUGUAUUCUUUGACAUAUCUGUUGGAAGAACGGAAAUCGGUAGAUUAAUAAUGGAAUUAUAUGCCGACAUUGUGCCCAAGACUAGUGAAAAUUUUCGUCAAUUUUGUACUGGUGAACACAAAAAAGAUGGAAUUCCAUUCGGGUAUAAAGGAUGUUGUUUUCACAGAAUAAUUAAAGAUUUCAUGAUACAAGGUGGAGAUUUCGUAAAUGGCGAUGGAACUGGGGUUAUGAGCAUAUAUGGAGCAGAUACUUUUUCAGAUGAAAAUUUUAAACUUAACCAUGAUGCACCAGGACUUUUAUCAAUGGCAAACAGUGGUGUAGAUACCAACGGAUGUCAGUUUUUUAUCACUUGUGCUAACUGUAACUUUUUGGAUGGAAAACAUGUAGUAUUUGGCCGUGUCAUUGAUGGGUUAUUGGUAAUGAGAAAAAUUGAAAAUGUCCCUACUGGUCCAAACAACAAACCAAAAAUACCUAUUGUUAUCUCACAAUGUGGACAAUUAUAAAAGCUAUAAAUUAUACAUUUUUCAUAUAUUUUGUUUCUCGUUUGUAUGCAUAUUGAAAAAAUAAUAAAAUUCAAAUUAUAUUAUAAAUAA